AUGGCUGAGGCCUACCAAGGCUCCCGGCAUGCCCAAGCUAUGGAGAGAGCCUUCGGCCUGGGGACUCCCCAGACCCCAUGCCGGCUAGAACUAGCCUUCGGCUCCACCCCAGCUUUUUUAAGGGGUACGGCCACGGAGGGAAGUGAAGCAGCUGCACUUUUAUUUUAUUUUUUCCCCUGUGAUCAUUUUGGUUGUACCCAAGGAACACAAAGCAGCUUCAGGUGUUGCCCUCAAAAACAAUCUGCUGGCUCCAAAGCAGGCAGGGGUCAAGGAACGGUGGACAGAUCCACCCCUACUUCAGUCAGACUCUGGAGAGCUCAGCUCUCGGUGCUUCUCCCAGAUGGACCCAGGGAUCACAAAGUAGCUUCAGGUGUGGUCCUCAAAAUCAUCUGCUGGCGACAAAGCAGGCAAGGUUCAAGGAACUGUGGACUGAUGCACCCCUACCUUCAGUCAGACUCCGGAGAGCUCAGCUCUCUGUGCUUCUCCCAGAUGGACCAGGGAUCAACUUUACUGCUUAUUUUGCUGGGCUUCAUGGAUCCAGGACCUGCCCGAUGUUAUCAGUACUGUAAGAAUAAGCCAUACCUGAAGUCUCCUUUCUGUCAUGGUGUUCCGGAUGCUAAAAUCUGCAUCUUUGACCUAGGACAGAAGAAGGCCAAAGUGGACGAAUUCCCACUCUGUGGCCACAUGGUGUCUGAUGAGUAUGAAGAGCUCUCUUCGGAAGCUUGCGAGGCUGCCAGGAUCUGUGCCAACAAGUACAUGGUGAAAAGCUGUGGCAAGGACAGGUUUCAUAUUCUUUUUUUCGGGUUUCAUAUUUGAGUGCAAUUCCAUCCCUUCCAUGUCAUCCGUAUCAACAAAAUGCUGUCGUGUGCUGGGGCUGACAGGCUCCAAACAGGUAUGCGGGGAGCCUUUGGAAAGCAGGGCACUGUAGCCAGAGUCCACAUAGGACAAGUCAUCAUGUCCAUCCGCACCAAACUGCAGAACAAGGAACAUGUGAUUGAGGCUCUGCGUUGGGCCAAGUUUAAGUUUCCUGGUCUCCAAAAGAUCCACAUCUCCAAGAAGUGGGGCUUUACCAAGUCUAAUGCAGACAAGUUUGAAAACAUGGUGUCUGAGAAGCGCCUCAUCACAGAUGGCUGUGGGGUCAAGUACAUCCCAAAUCGUGGGCCUGUGGACAAAUGGCGUGCUCUGCACUCCUGAGAGCCUCGGUGUGGGCUCCUGAUCUCUGCUCACCACCCUA